AUGAUAAAAAGCGAAUCUAAUUUAAGUAGUAUUAUAUUAGAAAUGAUUAAAUUAGAAAAUAAUAAUUUUCAAACAAUCUUAAAUGGAAUUAUUUAUUUUGAUGUUGCUUUAUUUUAAAAAUUAAGAAUCAAUUAAUUAGAUUGUAUUAAUAAUUUCAUAAGAGAAUAUGGAUGCCUUCAUUUUUUAGGCAAUAAUUCAGUAAUCUCUAAAAUUUAAAUUAAAGAUUCUAAUUUCAUUAAUAAUAAUGGAACCAAAGGAGUUGCAAUUAAAGUUACAGAUAUAUCACUAGAUUUAAAAAAUUGUAAAAUUGCUUUUAAUAUGGCAAGUACUUAAGGUGGGGCUUUAUAUUUAAGAACUACUUCAAAAUUAUUUAGUAUAAUAAAUACAUAGAUUAUAAAUAAUUAUGCUUAAGAAGGGGGAGGAAUAUAUUUAGAAAAAGAUCAUAAUUUAAAUGCUAAAAACUUUAAUAAUUCUUAUUUAUAAUUCAAUAUAGCAUAAAAUUAUGGAAAUAAUCUUGUUGAAAAUCCUACACAUUUAACACUAUUUAUAAAUUAAAAAGAAAUGCCUUCCAAAAUAUAAGGAAAUGAUAAUACAUCCAUUAGUAUUCUAAAAAUUGAACCAUACAAAAUAAUUGAGUAAGGAAUAUUUAUUGAGACAUAAUAACUCAUGAUUCCCAGUAAUUAAGAAAUCAAUAACUACCAAUUAUUUAUUUUAAAUGGAUCCUUUUAUGUAAACUAUAUAAAAAAUAUGAGUUUGUUUUUUAAAAACAGUAAGGGAGAAUUACUCUUUGAUUUAAUAAGUUCAACAUGCGAGGUAUCCAGUACAAUUAUAAGGAAUGAUGGUGGAGAAAUAAGAGGAUUAACAAAAAAUCAUACUUUAUUCUAUGAAUCUACAAAUAAUAAUUUUGAAUUAGGCUCUUUAACUUUUACUCUUAAUCCAUAUGAAUAGGAAUAUAGUCACUUAAAAAUUCAAGUCAAUUGCAAAACUUUAUAUUGUUAAAAUGAAUUCAAAUAUAUUAUUAAUGCAAAAAGUCUUAAAUGUUAAUUAGGUGAAUUUUAUAUUGAAAAUGGAUGUUAAAUUUGUAGUUGGACUUAAGGAUUUUAUAGUGUAACAUAUAAUUCAAUUAAAUGCUCUAUUUUUGAUAAAUAAAAAUUUUUAAAUAUAACUUCUAAUAUGAUUAAUUUAUAUGAGGGUUAUUGGAGACCAAACUAUCUAUCAGAUUAUACUGAAUCAUGUUAUAAAAAUCCUUUAUUUUGCGAAGGAGGUUGGAGAGUUGGAGAUAGUACAUGUAAAUUUGGACACAAAGGUGCUUUAUGCGAAAUGUGUGAUGUAUAUAAUGAGAAAGGGGAUGGAAAAUUUUUUAAAGAUUAAUAAAACUUUUCAUGUUAGUCAUGUUCAAAAAAUGAUAAUAUUGUUCUUCCUUUCUUAUUUGCAUUGUUUCAGUAAAUAUGAUUUUUAAGUUAUAGAUCUUUAUUAUCAAUAACAUUGUCCUUGAAAAGCAUCAAUAAAUCAAAUUAAUUAUUUGCUUCAUUGAAGAUAUUUAUUAAGUUUAGUAAAUUAAUAUUUAAAUUGAGUUAAGGUAAUAAUUUAUAUUUAUAUUUAGAUCAUGAAGGAAUAUUAGUAAAAAUGUUACUAAAUCAUUUAUGGAUAUUUUCUGUUAUAUUUACUUUUAAUAUUAAUUUUUCAUUCUCUUUCAUAUUUAUUGAAUAAUCUAGUAAUAGCUUUUACUUUAUGGUUAAUAAUUUAGAUUGUUAUUUAUCUGAUCUCCAAACUGAAUUAAUCUAUAUCAAAAUCUUUGUUAUUUUAAUAUUAAUGCUAUUGUAAUUUAACUUGAUACUUGCUCUAUCACUUUUAUAUCAUAGUAUAACUAAAAAUAAUAUGGAUAGCAGUUUACUCUCAAAUACAUUACUUUAUUUGUAUGUUUUUAAUUAUGGAGGAUUGAUUAAAAUGUAUUAUUUUAAUUUUCAAUUAGGCUAUGUUCAUCCUUGUCAGGUAGAUAAAUAUCUAAUAUCAAUUAUAUAUAAGGAGAUGUAUCAUUAUUAUAUGAUACAAGGGAUCAUUAAUUAUGGAUAUAUUGUCUGAUUUUACCAUUACUUAUUGUUUUUGGUUGCAUCAUACCUUUUUCUUUGUUUUUAUUAACUUAUGUGAAAAGAGAUAUUCUUCAUAAGAUUAAACUUAGAAGACAUAUUUGCUAUUUAUUUAAUGAAUACACUGAUAAUAAUUAUUAUUGGGAAUAGAUAAAAUUAUUAUAAAAAGCAAUAAUAAUUUUAAUAACAACUUAUUUUGAAAAUAAUAUUCUAUUAAAGACAUCAUUAUUGGGUCUAUGUUUACUCUCUUAUUAAGCUAUAGCUGUUAAAAAUAAACCUUAUAUUAUUUCAAAAUUUAACAAUUUAGAUUUGUCAUCAGGAUAAAUUUGCUCAAUUACUAUAUUUCUAGCAGCAAUUAAAUAUGAAAGCUAGAAUUUAAAUAAUUAAUUUUUUUCAAUAUUCUUAUAAAUAAUUAUACUGAUUUUAUUAGUUAGACUUUGUUAUCCAUUUAUUUAAAAAAUUUUUACAGUUUAUUACCAAAAAUAUAGUUUAUAGAUUUUGACAAAGAUUUAUGAAUGUUUCAAAUACUUAAAUUUGAAUAAAUAUUGUAUUUAAAUACUUGGAGAUUAUAUAGUUAAAGAGGUAGAAAGAAAAUAGAAAUUGAAAAGAAAUUUCUAAAAACUCAAAGAAUAUUUGAUUCCUAAAUCUAAAGCUCUAUCAUCAAAUUAUAGGUAUGUAUUUAUUAACUAAUUUUAGAACUGUUACUAGAAAGAUUCCUCUUAGAUCAAUAUCAAAUAGUGGAUAGUAUUUUAUUGAACCAAUUAACGAAUGA